AUCAAAACCUUUUGGCUGAAAGACGCUGAAUUUAUUCUUCUGUUAAAAAGACUGAGGCUGCUGGUUGACCUGCAGAGAUGAAAGGUAACAUGCUGGUUUUCACUGCAACACGUCUGCUCCUUUGCUGGAUGCUGCCUGUGGGCUCCAUGAAGAUCAGCUUUAAGGUCCAUCGACCGAAGGACGAGGCGGUCCAGCUAAACAUGGCUGAGGGGGCUGUUGAUGACAUGUACUUUGGCUGCAACGAACCAAUGACAAAAAGGAUCAAGGACAAAUACUUUGAAGAAGAGAAGACUAAAACAUUUUCAAAUGUCUGUAGAAAUGCACAAAAAUGUGUAAAGCGUGGACUCAACAAUAUAGAUAAAGGGGACGAGGCUCUGACUAAAGAUCACAUGCAAGCAAUAUGUGUUUAUACAUCUGGUUAUGGUGGGUUUUACAAAACGUUCAAUGAAAAAGUCUUAACGGGCAGGUGCAACUACACUUUAUUUCCAUAUCACUCCUUACAUUUCUGGCUGACAUCUGCUGUACAGAUCCUCAGAAAAGGUCAGCCGGACUGUCACAUUUCUUACCGCCGAAGUAAUACUAAGUUCAUUGGCAAAGUCAACCAAAUAAUGCGCUUUGGCGCCUUUACCUCCAGCUCUAUGAUCACAACACUGACCCAUUUCGGGAACAAGGCCUGCUUUAAAAUCAGAACCUGUUCAGGUGCAAAGCUAAAAAAGUAUCCUGAACUUAAAGAUAGAGAGCAAGAGGUGCUCAUCCCUCCUUACGAGACCUUCAACAUAACUGAGGUAACAAACAAACAAAAGGUUACAGGUCUGGAGGACUGUAAGGUUGUUUAUGUCCUGGAGAGCGCAGGUAUUCAUAGCAAUCUGAACUGCAAAGCCGCCUACAAGAACCCCGUUCAACUGGGGGGGGCGAAGGGAAAAUGUUUUGAUCGUGUAAAGCAAACUGCAUUUGAUGCUUCUUAGACCCCAUGGCUACGCAACUUUUUCUCAAACUCGGUGUUGUUUUUUACAUUGAAAAGGCUAUACAACAAAAUGAUGAUUAUGUAGACAUUUUCUUCAUGACAUCAAUAAAACAUAUUGCUUAGCAAACAUGUGUUGUCUUUUGUUUUCUAAGUUGAUUAUUAAUAAUAAUAAGUAAAUAAGUAUAGGUGAAGGAAUAUGAAAACCAUUCUAGUAUAAAAAAAGACAAUGCAGCAGUGUAUUUUACCCAAUCAAUCAACUACUGAGGAUAAUAGUUUUUACCCUGGACCAGACAGCGUCUUUCUACUAUAGUGUAAUACUAGAUAUGACCACUAGAUGCUGUCAAGAUAAUGAACAUUCACACAUUGACUUCCCAGGUAACCCUUAACGCUGGGUCUGUGACGGUGGAGAUGUAUUGAUGACGGCUUCUUCUUUCAUUUGCCACGCAGGAGCCUGACUCAGAGUGAAUGAACUCACAGUUAAUGAAACAAACUUUCAUCAGUUGUCCUGCAAAGACAAACUCAGAGUUCAGGGUUAAUCUCAGCCUUUGUUUAAACUGCUUUCUGAAACAGGGCCGUCUCCACUAUGCAAAUCAUUACAUGUUGGGGUUAAGAGAGGGUUUAAGGUUAGGAUUAGAAUUAGGCUGAUAGCUAUUGAGUUUAUAGAUAAGGGAACUCUUUAGGAGAUGAAAGUCAACACAAAGGCAUGAGACAUCGCUGUGUUUGUUCGUGUGUGUGUGUGUGUGUGUGUGUUUUUUAGUUCCAUGCUCACAGUUGAAAGGUGGUAACAAGGCGUAAAUAAGGUGUGUCAUUGUGAGGAGGGCCACGGUUUUCACUUAUUAAUUAACCUUUUUAAUGUCGUUGUAAUUUAAUAACUGCAGGAAAUGCUCACAUUUUUCCACUUUGUGUCUGAGAGAUUACUUGUGAUCACAGCUGUAACUAAGUUUCACACAUUUGGUUGCUGAUUUAUUUGCCUCAUUAACUUCUUGUUCAGUUAAAUCCUUAGUACAACAUAUUUCAUAAACACAUUCUUUUCUAUAAAACUUGAUUCUACAUUUUUUUCUUCCAAAAGUGGAUAAAGGACAAAAUUCAACCUUGUAAUAUAGUUGAUUUAAAAGCCUAUAUUAAAGUUUAGUGCAGUGGCAGUAUUUAGACUAUAUACUCGAAUGCAAUACUUAAAUAGAAAGUACUUUAUGAGGCUUGUACCUGACUGUUUUCCUAUUUCAGUCAGAAAAUAAAAAAGUGACUGUUUUUUUUGCCAUUUGCCAUUGAUUGGCUUUCAUAUACAGGCUACAAUUAAAUUGUAUUAAUUAAAACUCACUAUUUUCUUUAACUGAAAUUACAAUGAACUAGAAAAAUUGCAGAACAAAAGCUCCCUUUACUUCUUUUAAGGCUGUCAUCAGAGCCACCCAGGUGCCGGUUUCAGAUGGUCUGACAUAUCUAUGGUGCA